UUCGCCAUUUUGUGUCCCUUGAGUCGCUUUGUUGAAGACGCAGCAGCACCUCAUGAUUGCGAAUUUGAAGGAAUAAUUAUUUCAGUCCCGUAGCAGUACGUUGAUUGUUAGCAGUCAGACGUAUAUAUUACAAGGACAGUAAAUCGCUUAGGAGCUAGCCAACUCUUGAAAAGAGAGUGGCUUUCUUCUUGACUAGCUAGCAUUGACUCUGGUUAGCAUAGCUAGGCUAACAGCUUUAGCUAGCAACAGUUCAAGAAACGUCGACCAAUCGACGCCUAUAAUUAAACGUUUCUCUUAAUUUGAUACCAUCAAACCACAACACUGACGACCACCGUGCAAGACUCGAAGACCGAGGAGAUGGCGAGCUCCGUGGGAAACGUGGCUGACAGCACAGAACCGACAAAACAACGUAUGCUUUCCUUCCAAGGGUUGGCCGAGCUGGCGCACAGGGAGUACCAGUCGGGUGACUUUGAGGCUGCCGAGCGCCACUGUAUGCAGCUGUGGAGGCAGGAGCCCGACAACACGGGCGUGCUACUGCUGCUCUCCUCCAUCCACUUCCAGUGUCGCAGGCUCGACAGAUCUGCCCACUUCAGCACCUUGGCCAUCAAGCAGAAUCCUAUGCUGGCUGAGGCCUACUCCAACCUGGGCAACGUGUACAAGGAGCGCGGCCAGUUGCAGGAGGCUAUAGAGCACUACCGCCACGCCCUGCGGCUGAAACCAGACUUCAUCGACGGGUACAUCAACCUGGCAGCAGCCCUGGUGGCAGCGGGGGACAUGGAGGGAGCCGUCCAGGCCUACGUCUCAGCCCUACAGUACAACCCUGAUCUGUACUGUGUCCGCAGCGACCUGGGGAACUUGCUGAAAGCGCUGGGGCGUUUGGAAGAGGCUAAGGCGUGUUACCUGAAGGCUAUUGAGACUCAGCCCAACUUUGCGGUGGCGUGGAGCAACCUGGGCUGUGUGUUCAACGCCCAGGGAGAGAUAUGGUUGGCCAUACACCACUUUGAGAAGGCUGUGACUCUGGAUCCCAACUUCCUGGAUGCCUACAUCAACUUGGGCAACGUUCUGAAAGAGGCUCGCAUCUUUGACAGAGCGGUGGCUGGCUACCUGCGGGCCCUCAGCCUGAGCCCCAACCACGCAGUCGUCCACGGCAACCUGGCAUGCGUCUACUACGAGCAGGGUCUUAUCGAUCUGGCCAUCGACACGUACCGCCGCGCCAUCGAGCUGCAGCCCCACUUCCCCGACGCCUACUGUAACCUGGCCAACGCCCUCAAGGAGAAGGGCAAUGUAAGGAAGAACACGGUGUCCGAAGCUGAGGAGUGUUACAACACGGCCCUGCGUCUGUGUCCCACCCACGCAGACUCUCUCAACAACCUGGCCAACAUCAAGAGGGAGCAGGGCAACAUCGAGGACGCCGUCCAGCUCUACAGGAAAGCCCUGGAGGUGUUUCCAGAGUUUGCUGCGGCCCACUCUAACCUGGCCAGCGUUCUGCAACAACAGGGGAAACUCCAGGAGGCCCUCAUGCACUACAAGGAGGCCAUCAGAAUCAGCCCUACGUUUGCUGAUGCCUACUCCAACAUGGGCAACACUCUGAAGGAGAUGCAGGAUAUCCAGGGAGCUCUACAGUGUUACACCAGAGCCAUCCAGAUCAACCCUGCCUUCGCUGACGCUCACUCUAACCUGGCCUCCAUACACAAGGACUCUGGAAACAUCCCAGAAGCCAUUGCUUCAUACCGUACAGCCCUGAAACUGAAGCCUGACUUCCCUGAUGCCUACUGCAACCUAGCACACUGCUUGCAGAUUGUGUGUGACUGGACAGACUAUGAUGAUCGUAUGAAGAAGCUGGUGAGCAUCGUGGCUGACCAGUUGGAUAAGAACCGUCUGCCCUCGGUGCACCCCCACCACAGCAUGCUGUACCCCCUCUCUCACGGCUUCCGCAAGGCCAUCGCUGAGAGGCACGGCAACCUCUGUCUGGACAAGGUACAGGCCCUCAUCAAAAUCAAUGCGCUCCACAAGCCGGCCUUUGAGUACCCCAAGGACCUGAAGGCCAGUGCAGGUCGUCUGAGGGUGGGAUAUGUCAGCUCUGACUUCGGGAACCACCCCACCUCCCACCUCAUGCAGUCCAUCCCCGGCAUGCACAACUCUGAGAAGUUUGAGGUGUUCUGCUAUGCCCUUAGCCCAGAUGACAACACCAACUUUAGGGUUAAAGUGGUGGCCGAGGCCCAUCACUUCACUGACCUGUCACAGCUCCCGUGUAACGGUAAGGCAGCAGACAGGAUCCAUCAGGAUGGACUCCACAUCCUGGUCAAUAUGAACGGCUAUACCAAAGGAGCCCGCAACGAGCUGUUUGCCCUGCGCCCCGCUCCCAUCCAGUGUAUGUGGCUGGGCUACCCGGGGACCAGCGGAGCUCCUUUCAUGGACUACAUUGUGUCAGAUAAGGAGACGUCCCCCUUCGAGGUGGCAGAGCAGUACUCUGAGAAACUAGCCUACAUGCCACACACCUUCUUCAUCGGAGACCACGCUAACAUGUUCCCCCACCUCAAGAAAAAGGCGGUGAUUGACUUCAAGUCUAACGGCCACAUCUUUGACAACCGCAUCGUUCUGAAUGGUAUCGACCUCAAGGCCUUCCUGGACAGCCUGCCUGACGUUAAGGUGGUCAAGAUGAAGUGUUCCAUUGAGGAGAGUGGUGUAGCAGAAACCAACGGGGCUCUGUCCAUGCCCGUCAUCCCCAUGAACACAGCAGCUGAGGCCAUCAUCAACAUGAUCAACCAGGGACAGAUACAGGUCACCAUCAAUGGAUUCACUGUCAGCAACGGACUGGCCACCACACAGCUCAACAACAAGGCGGCUACAGGAGAGGAGGUUCCUCGUACCAUCGUGGUGACAACCCGCUCCCAGUACGGCCUGCCUGAAGACUCCAUCGUCUACUGCAACUUCAACCAGCUCUACAAGAUCGACCCUCCCACCCUGCAGAUGUGGGCCAAUAUCCUGAAGCGUGUUCCCAACAGUAUUCUGUGGUUGCUGCGUUUCCCUGCGGUGGGUGAGCCCAACAUCCAGCAGUACGCCCAGAACUUCGGCCUGCCCGGCUCCCGCAUCAUCUUCUCUCCCGUGGCGCCCAAGGAGGAGCACGUGAGACGGGGCCAGCUGGCCGACGUGUGUCUGGACACGCCCCUCUGUAACGGACACACCACCGGCAUGGACGUCCUCUGGGCCGGGACACCCAUGGUUACCAUGCCAGGUGAGACCCUGGCGUCGCGCGUGGCAGCAUCUCAGCUACAGUGUCUGGGCUGUCCCGAGCUCAUCGCCCACACCAGACAGGAAUAUGAGGACGUGGCUGUCAAACUGGGCUGUGACAUGGAAUAUCUGAAGAUGAUCCGGUCCCGCGUGUGGAAACAGCGUAUCUGCAGCCCUCUGUUCAACACCAAGCAGUACACGAUGGAUCUGGAGAAGCUCUACCUGCAGAUGUGGGAGCGUCACGCCAGCGGCAGCAAGCCAGACCACCUGGUCAAACUGCAGCCCGUCGAGAGCAGUGAGAGCGCCUGAAGUCCCGGACCCUGGGUACGUCCCAAAUGGCACCCUAUUCAGUACACUGCUUAUGACCAAGACCUAAAGAGGACGUGGACAAAGGUAGUGCACUACAAAAAAGGAGCAGGGUGCUAUAUGGGAUGCAGCCCCCGACCAGAUGUCCCAUCGAUCGAUGCACGCCGCCCCCCCACCCUGACCUCUAACCUCACCACCUGACCCUGUCCAACUCCAGCCCCUCCAGAGCAGUGGAAGAGUCUGGGCUGGAACUCUGACCCCCACUCGCCCUUCACUCAACCCCUCCUGCCCAAAGCUUUGCGCCUAUCUGCUCUUCUUUAGCCCCUUUCAACCCUGCUUCCCCUCCCCUGUGACUUGGACUCUUCUCUGUUGUAGAGCCUGCAGGUGUGUCCACCGUGUCAUCACCUCAUCCCAUCUUCUCCCUCCUCCACUAGUCAUAUCCCAUCCAUAUCUGUUUCCCUGAGCCAGACUGAGCCUGAAGCACUUUGCUCUUCACCUGAGACUCUUCCCCAAACCACAUCUUCCAUACAGGGUACGAGAGGACGAGGAGGAGGAACACUCCACCCCCUCUCCAUCCCGCCCUCCAUCCAGCGCCUGGAAGAGGCUCCUGUGGCCUUUUCUCUUCUUCUCUCUGUGUGUAUAUGGGACUUGUUACACAAGUCUGCAGAAAUGUUUUUCCAUGUCAAUAUAAUAAUUGAAUCUGGAGUAAGAGAGUAUAAAGGGACUGUUGCACUGCAGUCUGAACAUCUAGUAAGUCUGGUCUAAAAAACGGUGAAUCCGCUUAAACAUGUUUCAACAUUUUGUUUUUAGUCUUGCGGCUGCUCUUGUUUUUUCUCCUCUUAGGCUAUUGGUUAUUCAGGAUGAGAGUAGAUGUCGGUGUUUAUUAUCACAUUACAGAGAGAAAGAUCAUAACCACUCCCUUCCACCACCAAAUGCCAACUUUAAGGAUUUUGUCAUGUUUCAAUGUAAGAAAACAAAAAAAAUGCUCUCAAUUGCUUUGUCCUGUUGUUGGAUGUCACUCACUAUGCUGGUGAAGACCAAACCGUAUGGAUAAACUGGACAGACGGGAGGUUCUUGUCAGUACGACCCAUUUGAAAGGCCCUGCAUUUCUUUCACUCUUAGUUAUGCCCACCUCUCCCUACAUAAUGAUUUUAUCACUCGAACCAGGAAUGGCCUGAGUAAGUAUUUUCUAAGCAGUUUUAGUUUUGUACUUGUCUUUCUGUGAACUGUUUUAUUGAAGCUUUGUCUGGUAUGCUGCAAGGCUCGGACUCCAUUUCUGUUGAAAUAAAGAAAAAUAUGGUAAACCUG